ACUUAAAUAAAGGCCGCAAGGCUCGGUGGCCGUACGAUUCUUGCGAUGUCUUGCCCGCACAGACUGGUGUCCAGAUACAUUGUCCAGAUACGUCUUGCCACAUAGCUCAUAUUACAACUGCAGAUGUUGGCGUGCUUUGCGAACUGCAAGUCUUCUGAGUCUGUCCGCGUUGGCCUGGCCUGUGCUCCCACGCCUGAAAAGCUUGCGCCAGAGCACAAUCACGGCGUAGAGAUUGCAAGAAUGCGGCUCGUUUUGGGAGCGCGCGAUUGAGCGCGGCACGAGCCCGGCGGGGCCACGUGCCCUGAAGUCGUCAGAACUUUCGCCUGCGCGCUCUGGAGAUGUCAAACCAUACUUCCAGCAGCCUUGGGCUCGCAGACAUAGGAACCGGCUCUACUGGGGGAUUUGGUGGCUUCGACCUGACCGGCCAGCAGCAUUUCCAGCAUCCGCUUUUGGGCCGGCAAGCAGCCGGCCCACCUGGGCCGCUGCCCAACUCGGGCGCGGACGCCUCUGUCCAUACGGUGACUAGCUUCUACUCGCACAUGUCGGGGAAUACCACCGGCGCGGCGUCCUCAGGCGCCGCGCACGAAGGCGCCCCUUCCUCGCUCUUUUAUCACUACCCGCUAUGUAGAGGCAGCGUUCCUCCUGCUCGAUGGGCUCACGCUUCCGCGGUAGUGGGCGGCACAAUCUGGGUAUAUGGAGGAGUCGGGAAUUCGGUGCUGGAUGACCUCUGUGCGCUGGACACGGACACAUUGUCCUGGCGCGUCGUUAGCACACAUGCAGCUCGAAGUAAAGAUCGACCGGAAAAGAUGCUGGGGCACGCAGCCGCGGCCACGGGGACGAAGAUCUGGAUGUUUGGAGGGCAGCAGGGCCGCAAAUUCCUGCGCACGCUCUUCUGCUUCGACACGGACACCUGCACCUGGACGCGGCUGCCGGAGGCAGACUCACAGCCAGCGGCGCGCGCUGGGCACAGCAUGGUGACGGUGCACGGCAGCGUCGUGUACCUGUUCGGCGGGCAGGGCAAGCGCCUGUACAACGACCUGUUUAAGCUGGACCCGUCCACGGGCAGCUUCUCGGAGGUGGAGGCGUCCGGCAAGCCGCCCGCGCCGCGGCGCGGCCACAGCCUGACCUGGGACGGGCGCGACUACCUGGUCUGCUUCGGCGGCAUCAACCAGUCCUCCACCGACUCGGCGCUCACGGUGUUCUCGCUCUCGCGCGGUGCAUGGUUCACGCCGCAGGCGUUCGGCCCCGCGCCCAGCGCGCGCACGCAGCACACGGCGCAGCUGCUGUCGCCGGGCAUCAUCCUCAUCUUUGGCGGCUGCAACAGCGGAGGCACCUUCUUCAACGAUGCGGUGGUGCUGGACACGCGCACCUUCACCUGGCACAAGCCCGCACUGCUCAACACGGCGCCCGCGCCGCGCUACCACCACACCUGCAACCUGGUCAACGGACGCAUCGUGGUGUACGGCGGCAUCAACAGCAAGCAGACCUUCGACGGCGUGGUGGUGGUGGAGACCAAGUUCGCGGCCGACCUCGCCAACGUGGCGGAGGAGCUCUUCCGCAUGUCCGCCGACGCCGGCGGCGCCGCCAGCGUUGCGGCGUCGGUGCUUCAAACCACCAGCGCCAACAUGGCCGCCGCUGGCCCCACCGCCGCGGUGGCGGCGGCGGCCGCCUCUGCCGCGGCUUCCGCAGCUGCGGCUUCAUCAUCGGUUACCCAGUUGGGGGCGUUGCAGCUAGGGCCGGCGCACACGCCGUCUCGGCUGAUGCUGUCGACGACGCCCCACGGCAGCACGUUGACGGCGGUGUCAGUGUCGCGGGCGGCGAUGCCCACGGCGUCCAGCACUGUGGCCUCCACACCGACGGCGGCAGGGCAGCCGCACAACACGACGCCCACGCUGUCGUCCAGUGCGCACCCCAUGCUGCAAGUGGUUCCGGCACCGCCGGCCGCAACGUCGGAGCUGGUGAACAUCUCGAGCAGCAAGUCACUAGAGGCUGUGAAGGUGCAGCUCACAGACCUGUUGCUUCGGCGCAACCAGGAGGAGCAGCUGCUGCAGACAGCAAAGAAGGCAGAGACGACUGAGUCGCUGCUGCACAAGGAGCGCGAGGCGCGCGAGGCCGCCACCAAGGAGGUGCUGCAGUACAAGCUGCUGCUGGCGGAGGCGGAGGAGGCGCAGGCGUCCACGCAGCAGCAGCUGCAGUCCAUACUCGCGCGCGCCACGCGGGAAGCGGCAACGGUGACGGAGCUGCGCGGCCAAGUGGAGCAGCUGCAGUCCAAGCUUGCGUCUCGCGAGGAGGAGCUGCAGGAGGCUCGGCUGCUUCAGGACGGGCUGGUCAAGGAGCUGGGCAUCAUGGCCAGCCGCUACAGCCGGCUGGCCAUGGACGUGCAGGACAACAGCGACCGCCCCGACCGCAACGGCGGCGGAGGCGCCGCCGCUGCCGUGGAGCGCGGUACGCCCGCGGGCGGUGCGGCGCACGCCGUCAGCAGCAGCACGCGGUGCACCAGCCUCAGCAGGAUGCUGGCGCAGGCACAUGCCGGCGGCUCGGGCGCGCCGGCGGCGGCGGGCCCCCGCAUGGUGUGCCCGGGCAUGAGCACGGGGCAAUCAGUGAGCCCGACGGCGGAGGAGCUGCAGGCCAGCGGCAGCUACAGCGUGCCCCUGCCCGAGCCCAGCAGGAAUAGCAUGCUAGGGGCGCGCGGGCCCUUCCCCACGCCUGCGCUGUCGACGCAGUGCACGGGGCCGCAGCACGCGCGCAGCGGCGCCAACGCCAUCGCCUCCGCCAGCACGGCGCAGCCGCAAGCGGGCGGCGUUGCCGGCGGCUCGGCGCUACCCGUCACCCCGUGCGGCAACUGCUGCCAGCAGCUGCUUGGGCUGCUGUCGGACGCGGAGAUGCACCGCGCCGCUCUGCUCGAGUCGAACCAGUCGCUCAGCGAUAAGGUGGACGAGCUGACCAACCAGAACAGCAUGCUGUAUGUGCAGCUGCGGCAGAUGCUGGCGGAGGCGUCGGCGCUGGAGCCGCUGGCGCUGGGCGAGAUGGAGGAGCUGGAGCGCAAGCUGGAAGCGAGCUCGCGCUCGGUGCGCGACGCACUCAUACAGCGCAAGAUCGACGAGGCGCAGCGGCGCAGCAACAGCGAGCAGGCCGCGUGCGCGGUGUGCAUGGAGGGCCCCAAGGCGGUGGUGUUCAACUGCGGGCACCAGAGCUGCGAGGCGUGCAGCGGCAAGAUGAGCUCCUGCCCCUUCUGCCGCGUCGCAAUCACCGCACGCAUACGGCUGUUCGAUGCGUGAUGUGCCGUGCAGGACGGGUUGUCACGCGCGGGUCUUGUGUUGAGCAUGGACGGUAGGUAGAGCUUCAGGCGGGAGGCAUAAGCAACUUGGGAUGUGAACAUGCAUUUGGCUGUGGGUGCGGACUCAAGUACACAGUGCCCAUGACCGUGUAAAUGUAGUAGCGUGAAGUACUCGGGCACGCAAUGAACAAAUGCAAACAGAAAGCACGCGCCAGUGUGUGAAAUGAGGGCUGCAACCCGACCCGGCAUCUCAUGCCGUUGUUCAGACAUACUAGUUACCUGAUCUGCCGGCGGUGUGGAAGGCGCGUGUGCUGAUGCUGCGUUCCACGGCCGGCCGAGCAGUUUUUCACGUGUACACUUAGCGGCUGCAUCGACACUUUUACGUUUCCUUACAUGCUUAUGUGUCCAGGCCUCUACGGCCACAGUACACGGACGGUUUUGCCUGUGGUUGGACUCCAAUGGACGACGCACUAUGUGACGAUUGCAGAGCCUGCCUUUGCGGAAAUGGAGCAAUCGGACUAGAUCUGCCGGCGGUGUGGCUGGUGUAUCUUGUGCUUCGUAUUCUCGGUGAAUUCGGAUUAGUCGAUUGACAUGCCCCAGAGCACGCGAUGAGCCAACGGCGGAGCCCAGGCGGGUGACUGCCGCUCUCAUGUUUGCCACCGGCAAGAUGCGUGACAACGACGUUGCCUAUGUUGCAUUGAGCAGGACCAAACCGGGGCAGUGGCUGCGGAGACUGAACGCUGUGAUUUGAAGUUUGAUUGGCGCGAACUGCAGUCAAACAGACGACGUCGAGGAGUGCAGAUAUGCAAGCCUGACAUGACAACGGCAUUAAGUGCGGACAAUCACGUCGUGCAACAUGCUGACACUGGGGCCGGAGCGCGGUUCAGACGGCGGAACUGUGGGUAAACUUGUUGAGUGGGAAUGAGCGCUCAGUGCUUUCAUGGGAACAGCCAUGGUGCUGUGUACACUGAUUUUGUUACGGUUGCGUGCGGGCGGGUGGCUAGGAGGAUGGUAGGCUUCGGAGCCGAGGCGAAGGGAAGCCCGAGGCACAGAAGUUGCGGUGGGCAUGCAUGCCCCAAACACGGCGAUGUAAGGGCGCUCACUGGCAUUGGGUUCUGGUAUGGCAUGGUGUACGUUGUGCUAGGCGGGGGGAGAGGCCAGCAAGGUAUACUCGUUACGGUAUGUAAGGUGCAGGGGUUGCAGCGUGUGCAACAGUUGGACAGGUGGGAGCAUGCCCGGGUCGAAUUGCGAACGUGGCGUGCAACCGGCGGAGCAAGCCCGCGUCUGGAAAGGAGCCCGAACCGAAACCC